AUGCUACAUUCCGUAGGACUGCCAAUCGGAAUGCUGCCAAUUAUGGGGCUGGGCAGAGGCGAAAGGUCGCAGGGAGCAGAUGAGGAGGGAAGAGGAAAUGAUCGGCUCUGCUGUGGCCUCACGACCGUCGCGACCUGUCCGAAAGCACGAAUCGGUAUGGCGCACGACGGUUUUCCGCGACCUGGCUGUGGCUUCGGGCCGAUCACAUGCUCGCUGAAAUGUCAAGCCCCAACGUCGGUCGACGGAUCGGGACGCAAGCGCUGUCUCUACGGUUUGACGCGAGCUUGCACUUUCAGGUCAGCCUCAAGCCAGGCCAGUAGAAACCACUUGCUGAUGACCUUUCCGGGCUUUCAGCGAUUAUCGCACCAAAUAGCUCUCCAAUCUUCCGGUUUACAGCCGCACCAAACCGAAGCGCACACGAGGCUACUUGUCGAAUCCCUGAAAGAUGUCGCUCCUGCGACGUUUUUGGUUUUUUCGUUCGACCCGGUGCUGGCGUUGGAACAAGCAAAAAUACACGCUUUUCCAGUAUCCUUUACUCUUUCUAACAACACACGCCAGUCUUGUCGCCUUGACAACUUGGCUGUAUCUCAACAUUUUAACACAAAGUCCACUUGGGAAUUUGAUGAAAGGCUGGGGUUCGAAGAAUCCAUUACAAAAUUGAGGCUGGAGUACCGAUCAUUUCGUUCGAAGAGGCGACUGGCUGGAAGAACUCAUCUGACUUUGAAGGAGGAGGAGUGCUAG